AUGGAACUUUAUGAUGAUGAUGAUGAUGAGGGAGGUGGUGAUGAUGGUGAUGAUGCUAUUGAAGUUGAAGAUGAUGAGCAAUUUGAAGAAUCCAUACCAUCAGCUAAUGGUGAUGAAUCCAGUAUUGUACUUAUGUUUAACUGGGCCUUUUAUAUUAAUUAUUCUUCUUGAUUGGGUCUUUGUUUUUCUUCACAUACCCAAAUUUUAAUGGGUAAAAGCAUAUCAUUUAGCAAUUUUAAGUUGAGUGUCAAAUACAUGUACCAUCAGGGAUUAAUUUGAUUUUGCUCUACCUAGCCUUUUGUUUGGUCCAGAGAAAUCAAAACAGUCUCUAAACCAAUCAGAUUCAAAACUGAGAGCAAUCAUGCCUUAGUCACUUGCACUUUUCCAUACAGAAGUAGUUAGCAAGUUUAUCCUUUGACUCUUAUUAGCUGCUCAUGUCAUUUUCCUUUCAUCUGAUUGGUUGUUUUGAUUGUUUUGGUUUUGGUUUUAUAACAUUCAAAUAGAAAGCGCUCUAUAGCCAAAUGGAUUAGAUAUUUGUUUAAUAGCUUCAGGGUGAGAACUCCAUUUGUUUGGUGGUUGGAUUGCUAAGCUAGAGAAAGAAAGAUCCAUGCUCAGGCCCCAGUUGGGUCCACUAUGAUGUGUUCUUGUGCAAUAAUGCCUACUCAAACAGUACCUCUUAUUGCUCAGAUUUUUAAAUGGGUGCAUAUGUACUCUUUCAUUCUCCUUAGUAAACUGCCAACUGGCAUAAUACUCAGAAAGUAAACCUGCAGUACACUGCUAUCAUGUUCAGGGGGGAGAAGCAGCACUCCUUCAUACAACUCAUAUUAGGAAAAACUCCAGUAAGACAGGCUCUCUGGUUUAUGAGCAGAUUUUACCUUUUCCUUGUGUAACCCCAGGUGAUUCCUCUGGCACUAGUUCAGAGCAGGAUCAAGCACAAGCCAAAUAAUUAAACUUUUCUUUUAGAGGUAUAUAUUUUGAAGAUCAAGCUUGUACCACACUUUAUUGAAGAUCAUCUUGUACCUCUGAUGUGCAAUACAAUAACUUCUUAACAGGAGUAAUUUGUAGUGGUAUUUAACUUAAUGAAUUUUAAACUCAGGAAAAAAGAAAAUGUCUAAAUCAAAGAGCAAGGAAAUGGGAGAAACGACAAAGGUAAGUAUGUCACUAUUUAAAUCCCUUGAAUAGUGCUGACUGUUUCUAUCUGCAGACAAUUUUAUUUUUAUUUUAUUUUUUUUUUUUGGUUUUUUUUUUUCAAGAAGGCAAGUCACUUAGGUGCAUGCAAAUUUCCAUGUGAUGAUAGACACCAGAACUGGGUCAAAGCAGGAACAAAAUGUCACUAAAUUAUUAAUAUCUGACUUGGGAUUUUUAAUUACAUUAAUAAGGAAAAGAGUAUAUCAGACACAAAUACACAAAAGAGUAUUUCAUACUUUCAUACAUGCAUGUGUUUACCCAAAUUAAUUGAAAACCUAAGAAGGAAGUUUUUCAAAGAACAUCUGAAAAUGAAACUUCAGAAUAAAUUACCACUUAUUUACCUCUCAACAACAUGAAACAAUUAUAUGUUAUUCGUGUAUUUUUGUUUGACUAUCUACAAAAUAGUUUACAAUCGUUUUAACUUAAAUUCAUUGUAGAAUAGAAUGUAUGCACGCCUUUAGCAUUUUGUGUUUCCUCCUCUUUCAACUGUGUUAGGUAUUUCUUCCUGGUGAUAAGAUGGAAGACGGAGAUGAAUUGACAUACGACAGUUCUGCUUAUGAAAUGUACCAUGCUGUAAGUGACCUGUGUCCUUUGAAUGUGUGUAGUAGAAUGACAGUCUGGCUAUUGCAGGAGACUGUUACAGUGUAGAUUUCAACAGCUGUAAUUUAUGCCUCUUCACUGUUUGCAUACAUUUAAAUAUCUUCUCUCUCCAAUGUACAUGAAUUUCUCAUUCAGAAUUUUAAGAUAGUAAUGUCCGGACAAGAAGUGAUAGAAUAAUGUUCUCCUCAUUCAAAUAAGAAAUUUAGUAGCUCCUGCCAUCAAAAUUUAGCCAGGAAAUUCAGAUGCCUGAUGAAAACCUUCCUAGAAUUAAGCCUUCACAGCUGAAAGACGAAACUGCCAGAGCCUUGGGGCAGAAGAUACUUAUUAGCAUACACAAUGCCAUAAAGGCCCAUAAAACUGCCAGCUGUGUAGGCCAAGCCGGUACAAUGUAGCUGUACAAGCCAGGUCAAGUAAAAUACUCGUAUCUUGGCAUUUUGUACCAGUGGGUGUGAUAAAUGGGUGCAAGUGAGACAAAUGAUGAUAAAAUUAUUGCUAAAUCUAAAUGAAAGGAUUUUGAUAUAAUGCAGUUCUUGGAUUUUGCUCAGUAGAUGUUGCCAACACCAACAUUUUGUUAUCAUGGUUUUUUUUUUAUUGAUCGUUUCUUUGAUGUAGGCUCAAACAAAUGCUCCUUGUCUAAGUUUCGAUGUAAUACCAGAUAGCCUUGGAGACUCCAGAACAGAGGUAAGAAUCACAUCAUGUAUAGAAGGGAAUAUUUUCUGCCGCAAACUUGGUCCAAUGACCACAUCUGACCUGACAUGGAGGUGAAGCAUUAUGAACAGAGGGUUUUGUACCCAGAUUUCAAAUUUAGUCUUCUUAUGCUAUCUUAGUUAUGGUUUAUUCUAUUAAUGGCAGAAAAAACCUAUUAUGUGCACUUCAUGAACCCUCUGGUUCAUGAAAAGUGAAACAAACUUUUGCAUAAGUUUAAAAUCAAGCUCUUCCAUAUUGGAAUGGAAUAGAAACAAAAACUUUGUAUACUUAUUAUAAUGAUUUUUUUUUAUCUUGUUUUGAUUUUUGGUUGUGAUUGCUUUCACAUUAAUCUUGCACUUUCUGUUUUCAAGUUUCCAAUGACAGCAUACAUUGUGGCUGGAACACAGGCACCACCAGGGAAACAAAAUCAUGUUAUAGUCAUGAAGAUGUCACAGUUGGACAAAACUUCCCCAAGUGAUGAUGAAAGUAAGUUGAUGUGGGUGCAAAUAUAAGUUGUGCUAAAGAACUGACAGUGAAGCAAUAGAAUAAGAGAAGCCUUUAUUUAAUAUAGGGCUUCAGUUUAUUAAGAGAGCUUUUCUCAUUGAAUUCUUAACCAAGUUUUUUUUUUUUUUUAAAUAUAGGGAAUAUUCAGAUGAAAUGUAGGUGUAAGAUGCAUUUACCCACUAUAAUCUACUUCUUCAUAUUUUGUUUACUUGUUUGUGAGUGACCUAUUAUUGAUAGCAGUCAAUUCAGGUUUUUAUUGGCUGAUGGACGAACUUUCCUGGAAAAUUGAUGAAUUAUAGAGUAUUUAUUUUUGGCAGGUGAUUCUGAUGAUGAGCUUUUGGAUGAAGAACCAGAUCUAGACACAGCAAUGUUUAACCACACUGGUGGAGUUAAUAGAAUCAGAGUAAGAAUUUUAACUAUUUAUGAACAAAUUAACUAUGAAUCUGAUUCUGUGACUAAAAAGGAACAAGCAAGAAGCCAAAUGAACAUUCUUGACUCAUCAAAAACACUUGAUGUACUUAAAAAUUCAAUCAAAAUGUGAUUAAUUGUAUUUAACUGAAACAUCAACUGAACUUCAAUCAAAGUGCAAAAUUAUGUCUAACUAAACAAAAGAAACUUAAAGACCAUGCUACAGAGAUUUCUCAGUAUUUUGGGCAGUUUGCUUUAUCCUAGGGGAGAACCUUCUUCUCCAAAAUGAUAUAACUUGCCUAAUACAGACACUCCACCAUUAUUUCAGACCCUGUCAUUUGUUUCCUUGUUGUCUGUUCAAGUAAAUCUUACCAUCUGUAAGGAAAGAAGUCACAAGCAUACAAGAGUCUCUUAGGGGGAUUCAAACCUUAGACCUUCCAAUUCUGAAUUUGGGUUGUCUGCCAACUGCGUUGUAAGGACCAUGUUAGUGAAUAAGACCUUCCUGUUCAUGUAGGUUCAUACUUGAUAAAUUUCAUGCACAGAAUCAUGUUUGCUUGCAUAGAAAGUGGAGGUUGAGUAAGGGGAGGUUUGAGUGUUAAUGUAGUAGUGGUUCUGAGGUGAUAGAUCAUGGUUUUAACCAGGGGUGCAAAAGGUUAAUUAGUACUUAACUUUCCUUCACAUUCAUGCAUAGGAGGUACAUGUAGAUGUGCUCUCUUUUGGAAUGAACUUAGUCACUUCAUUUCUUGCCUUUGAACAACAGUUGUAGUCAGUCUUUGCUAUGGAUAACUUGAAUACACCACUUACUUUCUAUGUUCAGUGAGUUUAAUAAUAUGUAUAUUGGGCAAUAACAUGAUUUUGAGUGCAAUUUGGUCUUUAUAAGCAUGAGCAAAUUUUUCAAAGACAACAAAAUUGCAUGAGCCCAUAGGGCAAGUACAAUUAAUUUUUAUUCUUUGAAAAAUUUAUAAGUGCUUAUUACACCAAAUUGCAAGAGAAAUAAUGUUAUUACCUGUUAAUAAUGUACUUGAAAAAACAUUGCAGAAAGUCAGGACAGACAAAAUUUGAAAGUGUGCGCACACUAUUUGAAAUUUGAACCUGUUUUACAACUUUUCACUCACGUUACAGAGAAUGCACUCAUUUUCAGCCAAUCAGAAACACAUAAUUUUUUCAUGUACAUUAUUACCAAGUUUAUCAUCUGGCAAGUUUUUGGGCUACAUGAUGGUUUUCAUGUUGGUUUUUCUUUUUCGCCAACAGUAUCUAUGAUAUAUUUCAUUUCAGCAUUCACCAAUUCCUAACCGACAUAUUGUAGCCACAUGGUCUGAGAGGGGCAAGGUUCACAUCUGGGAUAUAUCACAGCAGGUUAUUUCAGUUGAUAAUCCAUCCAUAUCUGCUGAAGCAUCCCACUCAAAAGAUAUCAAGGCACUGUUUACAUUUGAUGGUCAUCAGGUUAGUUUGACUGAAGAUCUGUUUAUUAUUAUAAAUUGUACAAUUUUGUAUGUGGCCUUUAAUUAAUCAUGAACAAAAUAUUUUUCAUUGGUGUCAAGAUUCACUCAAUCAAUUUGACUGUUUCUAUUCUGUGAUUGUACAAUCUUCAUUGCACAAGUUUUUGCAAAAUUAAUUUAAAUCUCAAUGCCUUUAUUGAUAAAAAAAUCUGUAUACCUCCUCUUUUGUUGAAGUAUGUAGUCAGCUUCAGAUAUGGACACCUUUCCUGCUUUUUGAGUGUAUGUAGGGUUUAGGGACCUAAUGAUACGUUAUUUAUCAAGUGUCCAGGGUAAUAUAGAUAGCUGCAAGUCGUGUGUGAUAUCUUUAGGGUUUGUUGUUUAAUAUAGCUUACUUCACUUUUUUCCAGGUUGAAGGGUUUGCUCUGGACUGGUCCAAAACAGUUCCUGGAAGGUAUGGCCAGGAAGCAUUGCAAUAACUCACUGACCUUGAAGGUUUUUUUUUUGUCAUUGUAGCAAACAAAUAUGAUCAUUUGCAAUAUGAAACGGGAAAGUAGCAGCUUGUUCUCUGCUCAGUAAAGCCUCUGGGAUAUUUUAUUAUGCAUGCCUGCCUUAAAGUAUCCAAACCUAGACCAUAAACAAUUAGUCAAGAGCAACCUUGAUCUCCCAAGGCCGGAGUUAGUCACAUUAAAAGUAUAGUCUUUACUAAGCAGUAACAAUGUGUGGCUGUACACAGGCUAAUUAAAAGCACGAUACAAUAAUGUUUCAACGAAAAUUGCUGGCAAUUUUAAAAUUCACCGGAGAGCUUAUCAGAGUAUUUACGAUCUUACUUUCUUGCGUUAAAUUUACAUUCAAUUGUUGAUAAUCUGUCUCCUCAAACAGACUAGCAACAGGAGAUUGUAGGAAGAAUAUCCAUCUUUGGUCACCUGUGGAGGGCGGUUCAUGGCAUGUUGACCAGAGACCUUACAGUGCGCAUACAGACUCUGUUGAAGAUAUACAAUGGAGUCCCAAUGAACAGAAUGUAAGACUUAACUGUGUGACUUACCGUAAUUAGCUGAGAUCAGGGAGCGCUUUUCGGUGUAUUCAUGUAAAACCAAAAGCUGUUAGCAGUUAUCACAGCUUUCGACUAAAAGCUGUUUAUGACGUAAUAUAUCAAAAACGUGGGGGAGCGCUUCGUCACGGGUUACAAGGACCAGGAAAUAGGAGGUGUUUGGUGUUUGGAACUCGUGAUUAAGCACGAAGCCCGAGUUUUUGAGUUGUCUUCUUAAAUGAAACAAUAAGUAUCAUCAAACCAAAAAUGAUUUAAACAUUAAGAUCUAAUCAUUCGUAUGAUACAAGUUUCAUUAGAUUUAAUUACGAACUUUUGCGUUUAUAAGAACGAAACUCUUGUUUAGGGUCACGCCGACAUUCUUUGUGCUUAACACAAAGAAAGGACGCCAAGUCCGUUUUCUGUAAACUUGGCUGUAUUUUAUUUGUAUGCACUUGUAAUGUCGUAAUACACUGCUACUUCUUAGUUUUCAUUUGAUGUAAUUUUCAUGAGGUUUUCUUAAACAUCGGCGAAAAUCAAAUCACUCUGGUUUCCCCGUGCGUAGACUGGUCAAUCCUCGUGAUAUCAACAUGUUUUAUUUAAUUUAACGGUUAACAUAACGUUUGAGUUCCUUUUGCCGUAUUCGUUCGCACUUCUAAGUUUCCAAUAAACUACUGCAACUUAGUUUUCAUUUGAUGUAAGUUUCAAACGAGAGGCUAAACGUAGCGCCUGAGUCAUAUCGCCACUGGUGGCGAUUUGACUCUCGGUGGUGGCGAGUUUGGUGGUGACGAAUUUGUUGUGGUGGCAAAUUUACCAAACCGAAGAAAUAGUAUAGAAAAUACUACAAGAGGGCAAUGGAGACUUGAAGUAAGAAAAGUAUACCGCUUGAAGCGCAGGAAUGCAGACUUUACUAAUCAUUAUAGGUUGCCACUUCCCUAACCAAUUAGCCUGCGAGCAAGCUGUCCAGAGGCUUCCGCCCGCAUCCCACGAGAGAGCUUGCAAACAGGCUAUGACCAUUAAGGGAGCGCUUACUGACUUUUGUUAACGAUUGCUAAUUGCUCUAGCACGAAGUUAAAUCCUAAAAGGAACCAUAAUAUGUAGACGAUAGGAAAUACUGAUAACCAAGUCGCAAUUAAUCGCGAUUGGUCUGAGUUUUGUUUCUGAUCGGUCAUGAAGGUGGUGCUAUUUUUUUCGUUUUUUUACCAUAUCAGAGCGUAGUGAGGUGAAGCUUAUGCAUUCCCAUUAUAAUAUGCGACACCAAACUGAAAGUUGCAUUACACUGUAUAUUCGAUGGGAUACCUUGAGUUUUCAUUUGAUGUAAGUUUCAAAACGAGAGGCUUGACUUCUCUAUUUUUGUUCUCUUAUUUUUCGAUUUUUUAGGUGUUUGCCUCAUGUUCAGUGGACAAGACGGUAAGAAUAUGGGACGCAAGAGCAAAACCCACCAAAGCCUGCAUGCUGACCACGCAGGCACAUGACGCUGAUGUGAAUGUGAUCUCUUGGAACAGGUCAGAGUCGACGCAAUUGUCCUGGCUAAGCAAAAGGCACCAAACAAAACAAAGUACCAAUAAGAACGCUAGUCUGAAGCACGUGACCCCGGUAUUGUUUGUAAUAAAUUAUACAGCGAUCAUUUCUGGCUUACUUUGCACACACAAUUGAUUAUUGUUCAAAGAGUCAGUAGCCAAUGAGUAUUUUUUUACGACGUAGAGGGCAAUGUCUUGUCGAGUAGAGAUCUUUUCUUCAUUGAUAACAAAUUAUAAUUGGUCGCUACGGCAACCUAUAGAACAAAAAGGUGUUGUGAUAAGUUCAAAAGCAUGAAAGCUUUAAGUACCGAAAACUAGAGAAAAUUGUUUGGAACUCAUGCCUUUUGUCGUUGUUUACUCAUUCUGAAAGUUGAUAAUACAAAGCGCGUACCGUUGUAAAACCAAAACAGGAAAAAUAAAGACUUGUUAAAGAUUCCUAUCUGUAUAUUUUCUUUUCAGGAAUGAACCGUUUAUUGCUUCGGGAGGUGAUGACGGUGUUUUAAAAGUUUGGGAUCUCCGACAGUUCCAGAGGUAAAAUUAACUUUACUCUAAAAGAUUUUGUUCAAUUACUCGCAAGAUCUCCACGAUCAUUAUUCAAAUAAAUUGCUCUAAAUGCAAUGAGUAUGGUUAUGAGGGUUUGGUCACUCAGCUCGUAUAGGUCUGUCUAUUACAUGUGUCUGUUAAUCACGUAGUUCAGCUGAUCCAGGCGUUCAGUUGGUAAACCGAACCUCUCUCGUCUUUUCUCUCCUCUGCCACCAUCACGCUGUUUAAGUUCGUUUACUAUAUUGCUCCGUUUUACUAAAUGAACGCUUGAUACCGACUAUCCGCUUACUGUGAGAUAAUUUCCCUCAAAGGACUACUGUUGUGGAAAGAUGUUUGUGACUGACGUUUUAAAAACCAAAAAACCAAAGAGAAAGUAAUUAUCCGAGAAAGUGACUUGACAGGUGUACGUUUCCUGUGUUACUGACAUGGGGAACUUGUUUAACGAUCUGGAGCCUCUUUAUGUGGUGAUCGUUUCCUUUAUUCUCCUGAGCUUAAUGUUUUAUUCAGUGGUGAUACUGUGAGGGGAAAGUAGAUGCUUUAGUCACUCUUAGGAAUUAAAUGGUGAACAAGUCAACCAUAACCCGGACGACCCUGUGUACGAUCGAGUGUUUCUUUUGAACUAAAAUCGUUUAUUGCAUUUUUCUUCAUGUGUUUGUGUCUCCUCAGCGGUGUAUCGGUAGCAAUGUUCAAGCAUCACACAGGUGCUAUCACCUCAGUGGAAUGGCAUCCUACAGACAGUUCAGUGUUUGUGGCAUCUGGCUCUGACGAUCAGGUCACGCUAUGGGACUUAGCUGUAGAAAGAGACAGCGAGGCUGACGGAAAAGGAAGGCAGUUAGAUGUUCCACCGCAACUACUAUUCAUUCAUAUGGUAAGUGAUGAUGAGUGAAGUGUAAAUUACUGAGGCUUGUUUUCUCCGUGCAAGCAGAAUAAUAAUUGAUCUUCAUGCAUGAGUAUUAUUCAUUUUAUUACGUCCAUUUUGAAAUCACUAGUGAUCCUUGUAAUUUGAUUGGCUCUUAUCGAUGCAAUUUAUUCACGAAUCGCACCAUUAUAAGCAGUAAAUCGCAUCUUUUUCCCAGCCCAUGAGGAUACUUUAAUAAAAUACAACAACCAAUCGUUUAUCUAGAGAAGCCAAAUAAUCAAAUUUCAGGACAAUGAAAAAAAACAACAAAAAAAAACUGUUGCAACUUUCUACAAACCAGCUCACCACUGGAUUAACAAAAUAUUUGUCUGAUUGACUGAGUUUUGUGAUUUCAAAAUGCAUGUAAUGAAGUGGUAAUUGAACUUCGUGUCGUGCAAUAGAGCCCUUCUGUCGUGCAAUAGAGCCCUUCUGUCGUUUUACAAUACUGUAAACUGCUGCUUAUUACCCCUGGGCUUAUACAACUUCGUAAACCUCUCAUGACGGGUUUUAGGAGGGCUUAUGGUUGAAUGGGUAUAUACCCGAUGGGGCUUAUAACCUGAAAAGAAUAGGGCUUCGAAACAAGCUAUAGUAGUACUGAUCAAAGUACGCUUUUCAUUAACCCGGUGAUGAUAAAUCAACUUCAUUCCAAUACAUUUCGAACAGAAAUAAAACUAAAAACACGAACAAAACUUUCCGACUUUUCCCUUGAAGUUCAUUUGUGCUCUCCCAUUAUUAAAAUUUAGGGUCUCGUUCACAGAAGAGUUCCCAUCCCUCAAGACGAGGGGAGUUUACAUCGAGGGUGGGGGGAAGGCUUAAUAUGUUCAGAUGUUUUUUUUUUUUUUUGACAGGUAGAUAGGCCUUUAACCGGAGGGGGGUUUAAGCGGUAGUUGUCGGUAGAGCACUCUUCAGUUGAGCGUCGCAAAGCCAGUUUCAAAACCAAACCAAAACAGUCACAAAAACUGAUCGGAAUAAAAAGAACGAGACGUAUGAAAAAGCUUAUGGGAACUUAAACUGAAUUUGAUACGUUUGUUUGGCGUCGAAAACGGAUAACGCCCAUAACUGAAUAGCGAUUGGCUAGUUGAGUGAAAGACAUGAUUUGUUAAUGAAAGUGGCGCAAUUCUACCAAACUAAUCAACAUCGUAAUAAAGGGGGUUCUGUGGUGCUGCGUCGGUGGGAGAGUAAACAGGGUAAUUAAGUAUGGGCAACUGAGUUGUUAACGUAAAUUGGCCACCGUAGAGAGUUUCCAAAGCUGACGUUUCGGGCGUCAGCUCUUCGCCAGAGCGAAUGACAAAGGGCUAACGCUCGAAACGUCCGCUUUUUAAACUCUUUGCGGUGGCCAAUUUGUUAUCAACUCCAUUGAUAAUACUCAAUUACCUCAAUCAACUUCGUACUCAGAGUGAAGCAAAGCCAAUGCAGGCAUGAAUUACUUGCGAGAGACUUACCUUAGGGGAAAGGUAUAUCACAGAUGUUCCUGGUAGCAGUGAUUAGUGCCCUUAGGUUUUUUACUAUUUAAAUUUCAGGGCCAAAAGGAUAUUAAAGAGGUGCAUUGGCAUCACCAGCUUCCAGGUGUGUUAAUAAGUACGGCUGAAAGUGGCUUCAAUAUCUUCAAGACCAUUAGUGUCUAAAGCUAGCACGAUCUCGUGUCCUUUGCUGUACUGUUGUGAACGAAAGGAACCUGUCUUAGUUUAUGAGGAUUGCUGGAAACUUACUUCCUGUUCAGACGAGGUAUUCGGGCUGGGCUUUGUUCUGACUGAAAACUGGAACUUCCUUCAAUAUCAGUGAUAGAACCACCUUUGUCAAUGGAACUAGCAUUUGCAGGGUUGUCAAUAACUUUUUCCAUAAGCGGCUGACGAUGGUUUUAUGGGCUGCUGUGCCCGAAUAGGGGUCGUAAGGCAAAACCCAAGUACGAGCCAGCUCACAGGCUCAACAGAUGGCGGUAAGGUCUGAUGGGCGGCGGUAGACCAGCGGUAACCCGCUUUUGAUGAAAGCUCUGUUUAUGUCCACUUUAUCAGAGUCUACAAGCUUCGAUCUCUAUUUGGACAGGCUGUCAAAAUCGUAAGGCAAUUUUUAAGGGACCUACAGAGGUUUCCUUGUUUGGAUACAUAAUCAAUGAAAACUUCCACAGGAGAUUGACGUGUCUGUGAGAGGGCAUCCAAAUUUUUUUAUAAUUUUUUUAGCUUAGUUGAAACUUCUUGUAGGUUUCUCGUAGUUAAGGUUUCACGACGUCAAGCAUAGAUAAACCAGUCGCAAAGUGCAAACCUGCCGUGAAUUGCAUUUGAUUUUUUACCAACUUAAGUGCUAUUUUGAAGAAAGGACUUCACAAUUGCCAGCUCUCAUCAACAGUUUUAAGAUGUGUAUGAAGUUUUUUCUUAUAAUUUGCUUGUCUCAUUAUGAAUACAAAACUGCUGUAUAGAAUG